UAUUAAAAACGCAUCUCAUCCUUCACUCUUCCUUCCCCUUCCCCUUCUCUUCUCUUCUCUCUUUCUUCACUAAGCAACAAAGUAAGAAACAAUGAGCUUCUUCAUCCAAGACUCUGGUCUCAUCGUCACUCAACUUCUCUACCAAAUGGCUGUUUUCAUCACCCUCUUGAGAUGGAUCUUUGCUUGGGUCUUACGUUACCGAUCCAAAUCAAGAACCUCCUCUGCUCCUCCCGUUUCUUCACAGGCCAUCAAAGAGAGCCUCUCCGUGACAACGUUCCGUGACACGUUGGAGCGAUCUCCGGAACUGAUCAGCGACACGUGUGCGGUUUGUCUUGGCGAUCUUGAAGACGGAGAUGAGGUUAGAGAGCUAAGAAACUGUAGCCACGUGUUCCACCGCGAGUGUAUCGACAGGUGGCUGGACUACGAGUGCUGCGGCGGAGAUGGUAACGAGGGAGAGGAAGAUAACCACCGCACGUGUCCUCUCUGUAGGACUCCACUUCUUGCUGCUGAUACGUCGUCGUGUGGGGAUUGGCCGGUCAAGACAGAACCUAGCUGGGCCGUUGAGCGGCUUCUCUACCUCUUUGGAGACGAUCUUCUCGUUUGACCUUUUAUUUUUAUUUUUCAAUUUUUAUUUGAUUUUUAGGCGAUCAACUGAAUUUACGUUGGUCAAUUUUGUAAAUUGGGAAUUUAAUGGAUAGAAUAGGAAAUAUGAUAAUAAUAUCAAAAUUUUAAUUGACAAAAAAAAUUGAAAAUUUUAAACUUCUUUGUGGAUCAGCAAAUCUCUUACUUAGAUGACGUUUAAGUAAUUUUGUUGUAUGUGUUCAUAAAAUGUUCAUACAAAACUUAAUGGUAACACUUUCCCUUUCUUAUGUCA